CGCCCGCCGCCGUCGCCUCAGUUCACCUCGGAGCGACUCGGACUUGGUUCGUUUGACUUUUUUUAAUUUUCUGGUUGUUUUCAGGCGCAAACAUGACGCAGAUCAACACCUGCCUGAAGCGCGUCUUCACCAUCUUCAACAUCUUCUUCGCGAUUGUGGGCGGAGUCAUCAUCGCUCUGGCGCUGCUGUCUCAGGUCCUCACCAAUACGGGCGGACGCGAAAACCUGGAGGGUCGGACCACCGGCCUCAUCGCGCUCUAUGUGGUCGGCGCCAUCACCAUGAUGAUCGCCAUCCUGGGCGCCUACGGGGCGCACAAGGAGAGCAAAGUGUCGCUGAUCGUGUUCCUGGUCUGCAUGGUCAUCGGAACCCUGCUGAUGCUCCGGAUCGGAAUCUCAACCGCCAUGGCCCGUCCUCAGAUCGAGGGCAUUUUGGAGUCAAAGUUCCGUGAGUUUGUUCCUCUGGACGAAGCUUCCGAGGACGUGAAGAACAUGGCCGAGUCCCUGCAGAUGACGAUGCACUGCUGCGGCCUGUUCAGCUACAAGGACUGGGGGAACGAGAUCCCCGACUCGUGUAUGUGCAACCCGGAGACGGAGAUGGACGAGUGCCAGACCAUCAACUACAGAGCCUUCAUGCUGUCAGGAAAGACCAUCUACGCCAAGACCUGCUUCUCCAUCCUCAUGCACUACGUCAUACUGAUCACCGACAUCCUGCUGGGCGUUGUCUUCACGCUGGCCAUCCUGGCUGUUCUGGGCAUGGUUCUGUCCUCCGUCAUGAUCCACCAGCUCCGCUACCCCAACAGACCCACCAUCCUGCUCUCGGUCCCGGCCGUCUUCUCUCCAGCGCCGCCCAAGUACCAGGAGCUGCACAACCCUCCCAUCUACUGAGGCGGUGGCGCCCCCUGGUGGCCGCGGGGCUCCUGGGUCGGGUUCGGGGCGUCCUCUUGAUGUCGUUUUCUUGAUUUAUUAUUAUUUUGUUGUUUCUGGUUUUUGAACUGUGUCCAAAGUGCCUGAAGUCACUGAAGCGCCGCCGGGUUCGGUUCUGACCCGGAGAAAACAUUUUACUGUUCGUUGGUGUGGAAUCUGCUGUCUAAUCGAUUUUAUAGGCUUUGAGAUGUUUUUCUUUCUUCUAGUAUCUUAAAAUAACGUCAAUACACAGAAUAUUAGAGAAGCUCUGACGUCUCCAGAAGAAGGUCUUAAAGGAGGAAAGUCAACCUGGCAUCACAUUAAACGUCUUUAUUUGGGGUUUAAAUUUGAUUCUUCUCUUUCGUUGACUUGUAAAUACUGUAAAAACAUAAAUGAAGUUGUCACAAUAAAUGAAUUGAAGCUCUAUCUGGUGGAAAAUGGAACCAAGAUUCAUUGUUUUUAACGUUUUGGACGAUUUUCUUUUGACUCUAAAAUCCACUUCUGGACAAGAAACCGAUAAAAUGAGUCUUUAAGAGAAGAACCGGCAUCAAAAUUAAUCUGAAUCAUGAUUAAAAAGGCUUUAAUCUCUAAAUUCUGAAAGAAAUUUGGGUAGAAAAACAUCUUUAAAAUCAAAAUGCAAUGAAAGAAAAAAGACGUUUCUCUUCUGGACACAUUUGAGCGCGGCCAAGAAGCUUCCGGAAGCUUCCAGAAGCACUAAAAUCAGCCACAGCAGCAAUGUUUCAGCUUCAAACCGACGUUAAUCCGCCCGCUGGCUCGUCUUUAUUUUUGUAGUUUUAUAUAUAAAUAUAUUAUUUCUGUUUUCUAGUGACUGUUUUGUUUCAUUUCUUUGUUGCUGCUGCGCUCUUAAUUUGAAAAGCAGCAAAUGGGUAGAAGCCACCGUUUCAGAAUAAAAGCUGAAGAGACAUUCCCCCGUCGGCGGCUCCGGCGUUUAGUCGAGUCCGACGGCAGAACCGAAGUCCGUCGGUCCGGUUUGUCGCCCAGAAGCUAAAAAAGGGAAACUUCCUGUUUGACAUCCUUCCUGUGUUCAAACUUCUGCUGUGAACUGACGGAUCAACGACUCCACAAUAAAAGACGAUUAAAGGAAAA